GCCCAAGACUACUGCCGUAAGUCAGCCCGAGGUGCAGAUGAAAUCGGACAAAGACUAACGCAGGCUUCCCCAGCGCCAGCAGCAGCAGAGUCUUCUGAGUUGUACUCCCCUCUCUAAUUUCAUUCUCUCUAUUUCGGCUUCUCUAUUUCACCUAUAGUUUUUGUUGAGUACCCUUUUAGAGAGCCAUGGAUCCAGCUGAGCGUAGGUAUUUGGAAGAAGAAGACACGCCAGUUGUGAAAACAAUGAAAGGGGCAACUACAGGUUUUGUUACUGGUACUAUUUUUGGAACCAUUGUUGCUACUUGGUAUGAUGUGCCGCGUGUUGAAAGAAGUGUCGCCCUCCCUGGGCUGAUUAGGACCUUGAAGAUGAUGGGUAAUUAUGGGGUGACAUUUGCUGCGAUUGGGGGAGUUUACAUUGGUGUUGAGCAGCUCAUGCAGAACUAUAGGAAAAAGAGAGAUUUUGUCAAUGGAGCUGUUGGUGGUUUUGUUGCUGGGUCAACUAUUCUUGGCUACAGAGGAAGAAGCAUUUCAACAGCUAUUUCUGCUGGAGCAGCAUUGGCAGUCACAUCUGCUGCUAUUGAUGCUGGAGGUCAGACCACAAGAAUUGACAACGGCAAGGAGUACUACCCAUACACCACCAAGAAACGAUCCGCAGUUGAUUCAUAAUCAGUCGAGGCUGCUGUUGAAGAGGACAUAUUGCCAUUUAAUGGGAGAGAAUGAGUUGCUGUAUUGUUGAACUAGCUAAAUUUUCAGAGAUGUAAUCAUACUCUCUUUUUCUCUCUUUCCAUGCCUUUUGAAUUCGAAGCUUGAAUGUAGGUAUUAAUUUUGAAUAAAUUUUCUUUGUCAUUGCAUACUAAUAAUGUUAUUUAUUCAUCAAACGUACUUUUGAAUCUUCAA